CCCCCCCCCCCCCACCGCUGCCCGCAGAUAAAAGGUGCAAACCAGUGCAGAUGGAACAACCAACUGGAGCACCGACACACCGAUACCUGAGACAUGAAGCCCGCCACAGUCGCCGCCCUGCUGUACUGCUUCCUGUUGGUCGGUUUAACCCGAUCUGUUCCCGUCAGCUCCGCCCCCCUGGCGCUCCGUGCCGCGGCCGAGCGAGCGAAGACGCUGGUGGAGAAAAUUCUGAAAGACGUUCCCGCCGUGCACGCUGCCGCUGUCACCACCGAGGGUCUGACCCUCGACCCCUCCCCAACUACAAACCUGCAGAUGAUGGUGACCUCGCUGGGCAUCCCCCCUGCCCCCGUUCUCAAGCCUCCGUCAGAGCAUUUCACCCUGGCUGUGUGUGUGAGUCGCAUGUCAGCCGGCUGCCAGCUGUACCAGGGGCUGCUGGGAGAUUUAUCAGAGAGGCUGAGCGGCCUGUCAGACCUGGGAGCCGACCUAAGAGACCUGCACACACACAUCAACAAGAUGAAGGAGGCGGCUCAUCUCGGGGGCGGCGGCGAGGAGCAUCAGAGCGUGGACCUGGCCUCCCGUCUCCAUGGUAUCUACGAAGUACAGGUGGCUGCGCACCUGACGCUGACACAGCUCCGAUCGUUCUGUCACGACCUCAUCCGCAGCCUGAGGGCAGUCGCCGCCUACAGGCCGCCUGGGAAACGCUAAGCCCCGCCCACCACCUACAGGCCACCACGGAAACGCUAAGCCCCGCCCACCACCUACAGGCCACCACGGAAACGUUAAGCCCCGCCCACCACCUACAGGCCGCCUGGGAAACGCUAAGCCCCGCCCACCACUUACAGGCCACCACGGAAACGCUAAGCCCCGCCCACCACCUACAGGCCGCUGGGUAAACGCUAAGCCCCGCCCACCACCUACAGGCCACCACGGAAACGCUAAGCCCCGCCCACCACCUACAGGCUACCACGGAAACGCUAAUCCCCGCCCACCACCUACAGGCCACCACGGAAACGCUAAGCCCGGCUCAACACCUACAGGCUGCCUGGAAAACGCUAAGCCCCGCCCACCACCUACAGCCCACCACCUACAGGCCACCACGGAAACGCUAAGCCCCGCCCACCACCUACAGGCCGCCUGGGAAACGCUAAGCCCCGCCCACCACCUGCAGGCCACCACGGAAACGCUAAGCCCCGCCCACCACCUAAACAAUGCUCCGAGCAAGUCUGAGCCUAUACACACACACACACACACACACACACACACACACACUGCUGUUAGAGGCUCCUCUCUGUCAUCAUGAUCAGUUUUGUACAUUUUAUACUUUUUAAACAACAGAUUUGGGAUUUUUACUUAGUAAUGUGCAAAACAAAAUCUUUAUAAUUGUUAAUAAUAAUAGUUCAAAGCUUUAUAUUUAAAAGUAUUUUUGGUCAGGAUUGUUUUUACAGAAUUCAAAAGCUUUUAUUGUGAAACAAACAGGAAGUCAGAGUUCCUGUUUGUUCAUGUAAAUGAAUGUCUUAAAGAGCUUUUAAAAUAAGUCAUAUUUAUUUAUUUGUAUUUAUAACGGACAUUUGUUAUUUAUGCUAAAAUGUUAUUUUUAUUUCUGUUUUAACUUUUGAUCUUUAUUUAUAUUUGUUUAAAGUAUUUCUCUACAGUUGUUAUUAUUAUUGUGUAUUGUUC